GUUUAACGGAGCUGAAAUGAUCCAACGUGGGAAAGGAUGCCGAGGUUCAUCAGAGCUCAACAUGAGUCCUCUCUGCUCCUGCGUGUCCACCCUUUUGAGGAGAUGUAAUAGAUGUCUACACAGUUUCCUGAGUAUGCAUCCCUGUGUGUGGCUCUGUAUACAGCCUCUCUGGCUAUUGAUGUGGCCUCGUCCACUGUCAGCCCCCAUUGAACCCCUUGGUCCAAAAUGGAGUAGGCAUAGGGUGAUCCCGAGCCCACGGAGAAGAGCGUUCCCUGCAGGCGAGUACCAUCACUGCACACAUAGUACAGACUGGGUCCAGAUAAACUCACUUUCUUUCUAGUAAAGCACUGUUGACCAACAAUUGUUGAAGAAGUGCUCUGAGCCAGAGCGGCAUUUUCAAGACUUGUAUCUACAGACUUCCCAAGAUCAGCCAUUUGCCUCUUUGUUGUUUCUCUACGACCGCUGAGAUCAGUCUUUGCACCUCCAUGGUCAUGGCAUUCAUCUACCUCUCCUCCGUCCCACCCACACAACGUGGCAGCCACACACAGCUCGGUUCCCUUAAACGGGUGAAGCAUGUGAGAAAGCAAUUUGGCAGCUCCGUUCGUGGACAACCGCCGGCCGUGGCGGAGUUGGUAGAGCCGCAGUUCUCGAGCCAGAAUCCGUUUCCAAAGGGCACAGUCAGCCGAAGUACCUGAAGUAGUGCCCACCAAGUGACUGUGAACAGGCAGGAUCUUCUGGGCGGCUGGGCACGCCACGAGCCCAGAGCAACUGGAACGAGUGUCCGCUGCAGCCAACACACCGCCCUGAAAGAUGAAGGCCAGGGUGGUGGUGCCGUGAGACAUGGGGAAAGGCAGAGGGACAGACUGAGAGGAGGCCAGAGGAAGGCUUGUGGGCAAGGAGAGGGAUGGUAAGAUGGAGUCUUCAUAUGAGACUGCGCUGGAGCUCUGGACGGUGCUGAUUUGCCCAAAUUGUAUCGGGCUUUCAUCCAGCAAGCAUGGAAGAACAUUCGGUGGUUAUACUGUCCAGAAAGAUGUCCUGGAAAUUGCACAGCCAAAAAAAAUGAACGUGUUACACUCAGUCUUUUGUGGAUAUGUCUUCACUGCUGCUAUUAUAAUGGGACAUUGUGGGUUACAAGCCAUUUCAACCUCUCCAUCCCAGACUGGUGAGAGCCCGCCUGACAAUUUCAUAGGGUUUGACUCAGCCCCUGACAAAGUGAUAGACGGCUCAGUGGUCCGUGUGCGGCAUCGUUGCUCCAGGCCGUGUCAGCUCGCAGUGGAAGUGGUGGUGUCUACAUUUGGGGAGACAGAUUUAGUGGUCUUCAGGAGGAAAUGGUUUAGCAGCACACCCCGAGUCUACAGGAUCCAACAGGUGCCACUCAGAUUGCCUACAUCCAUUUUAUAUCAACGCGACUUUUUCAACAGGCGAGUCUUAGAUGCCCAGAAUGUGACAGUUCGUGCUUGGUUAGGCCAUCUUAACGAUGGCAGGGAACCCGGGACAUACCAAGGCUCCAUGUUGAGGAUUUAUAAAGUGCUACAGAUAGAGCCACUCUCACAACGUCCAAUUAAACCUGCCACUGAGUGCCCUUCAUGGCCUGCUCAACUGAUGUGGCAGAUUAUCAGAAACAGAAUUCAUCAUUGUCCACACGAGUCAGACGUAAUCGAUAUGCUGAAAUUCCCCCUGGCAAGUCCCGGUGAGCAUUUUGGAGUGGUACGCAGGUUCCAGCCUUUUAUUGACAGAGCCCUGGAGAGCGCCCGUCUUCAUGCUGUGACACAGCCCAGCGUCACAUUAUCCGUGUGGAUCUACCUACUAAAAUGGUGUCACAAGAAGCUCUGUGGGAUCAUCCAUCACAUGGAUAGGAAAAAUGUAUACGACUCGACUCUGAUGCAGCUUACAGACACAGGGGAUGUCAUAUUUCAGGCACGUGUGACAACAGGAGAAGAUGAAGCUUUCCGAACCAGUGUAGUGUUGCCCCGGUGGAAAUGGAUUAGAUUGGACUGUUACAUACAGGACUCCAAGGUGCUGCUGGAUGCAACGUGGGAUGAUGAAACCCGCAGAUAUGAAUAUGAAUUUCAGGACAGUGUCCAUUACGAUGACACAGAUGGAUACUUUGUGAUCGGAGGAAGCAGGUACAUGCCAGGCAUCCAUGGGUAUUUUGGGCCUACCAGGUACUAUCGUUUUGGAACUGAAGAGGUUAAAAACCUACUUCACCCCGAGUCAACAUUACAGCAGCUGGAUAAGACCCAUCAGCAGUGUCAGGAAAUGAAAGCAUUUACACGAGCUUUUCUCCAAGAAGUAACUGCGAGUCACGUCCCGUCACCAAUCAACACAGAUGCCUGUACCCCUCACUUCAUAAGACUGUGGGCUCAGUCUGGAGAGAAAAUCUGCAUCCAAACAUGGACCUGGGAAAAACAACUUAAAUACAGCACACUUUUUCAUUUCUUGCAAACAAAAGAGGAGGAAUUCAGAGCAGGAUCUUUGGGCAUGAAGGACCUUGGGAGUACUUUGUUUGAGCAGGCAGUUGGUUCAAUGUUCACUGUGGAUCAGGCACAGAGUAAAAUCACAUUCAAAUCAAUGGCUCUGCUUCAAGUAUCCUCCUGCUUUGGAAAUCACAAAGCGUCUCUGUUGUUGGCUACUAUCCACCUCUCGGGCCUGGGCCACUCAGUCGAUCAUCAACAGGGUCAUGUCUAUAGUUUGAUUGGCGCAUCGGGGGAUAAUCGUUUUGCCCUAAUGCAUGCUGGGUACAAGCACACACAAGGAAUUGAUGGGUUUCCAAAAGACUUGGACAUGGCUUACAGCUACUAUUCCAAUGCUGGGGCACAGAGCAACAUUGAUAGUUUCAGGAUACAUGAAAAUGAGCAACACACACUUGAACACAUCUAUCUGAGCAAUCAAGAGGAUUUAAACAGCCUCACACAUGAGACAAGUGACGUCUUUCAGUAUCUGAAAUACAAAGCAGAGAACGGGGACAUAGAAUCUCAGAAACGCCUGGGAACAAUGCUUUACUGGGGACAACGAGGAGUCUCAAAAGACAUAGCGAGUGCGAUGAAGUGGUUUGAAAGAAGUGCUAUGCAGAUGAAGGAUCCUUCAGCGAUGUAUGACUACUCCAUCCAACUGAUGAAGGGCCAGGGAGUGAAAAGAAACUACACCCGAGCUUUUAAGCUGCUGACGAAGGCUGCAGCGAUGGUACGCUCAAUUAACGCCCUGAAUGGUCUUGGCUGGUACCAUGGGGUCGUACUGAACGACCAUAAAAAUGCAGUGAAAUACUUUGUGCAAGCAGCUCUAAAUGGGAGCGGCGAUGGCAUGUUUAACCUGGGAAUUUAUCAUCUCAGCGGGAAAAACCCGGACAACCCUUGGAGGAAUGAGACGUCUGCGCUACUGCAGUUUCUGAAUGCGUCUCGGCUAGGUCAUGUAGCUGCAUCGGUGGAGGCAGCUUGGUACCUUUCGACAGGAAGCCUGGAAGGGCUGUCUCGAGAUGUGGAGAGGGCUGUGAUAAUGCUAAAAAAGGUCUGUGAACAGAAUGGACACCUUGGAUUUAUGGUCAGAGCUGCUCUCCAGGACUACCUCCAGGGCUCUAGGCAGGAAGCAUUUGUGAAGUAUGUUUUGGCUGCUGAAACAGGUCUGGGUUUGGCCCAGAGCAAUGUUGCACACCUGUGCCAGGAACUGAAUCUUAGUUAUGAUUGUCAGUGGAGAUAUCAUAACUACUCUGUAUUAAACUAUGAUCCCCAUCCAUCCGCGCUGCUGAAAAUGGGAGACCACUACUACUACUCUUCCUCCAGCAAGCGAGAAGACUCAUUAUCCUUGGUUGAUCAGGCCAUGUCGAUGUAUGGCAGAGCAGCUCUAGCAGGAAGCCCUCAGGGGAUGUUCAACUUGGUGGUUUUGGCGCAACAAGCCCACGUUCUUCCAUUGAGCAUCCGCGGCUUGUUUAAUGUGUCACAUCGUGAUGAGCAGGACAUCGUGGUGAAGAUCUUAAAAAGAUGUGUGGAGACUGAGGAAGAAGAAGCAGUAACGCCCUGUUCUCUAGCACUGCUCGGAGUCCAGAUGGGAAAAGCCUUGAGGAGAAUGACUCAGAAUCGUGCACAGCUCCUCCUGGCAUAUGCAUCUCUUCUUUCUGUCGUCGUCAUUAUUGUCAUUGUGCCAUUGCAGAGCUGUCUCGAACACAGGGUUCCCAGUCGCCGAGUGUUUGCACUGAGGGCAAGGACAUCGCCUGUCAGCCAAGAUGGUGUGACUAGAGAGCAAGAUGGCAUCAUGGGAGGAACCUACAGAGCGACAGGGAAUCCAUGGCUUACCAUACUGAGUGGCGAGCAGCGGUUCCGGCAGACCUGCGAUUUGGCCGUGACUCUGUCGGGCGUGUGCCUGUGUGCUUCCUGGACCACACUCCUCUAUCAUCUCUUAUGACAUACAAUGCCCAGCACAGUGAUCCAAUAGCCACAGCAAAAGCCUCAGACACUACAUAUUGUCAGAGCAUACAUUUAGAGGAUGAGUUACGCACUGUUCAUCUGACACAUUUGUGUUUCUGUGACUCAUUUGAAGUUAUAAGACAGGAAAAAGGGAGGUGCUGAUCAGAGUGUGAGAGUGCUGCUUUAUCAGCAUGGUGAUAACGUUUCCGCAAUAACCCUUUUUAUAUUGUUUUAUUUGUGGAAAACAAAAAUACUUAUCAUGUAGUUCAUUUAUUUAGUGCUGAGUCCACCCUGCAGUUUAUAUGGUCUCUGGGAUUUGGCGUCAAGGAAGCAGAGUGAAGCUACUCUUAUGCAACGUGUAUGUCCAGUUAAACAUAUUUGAAUAUUUUUUGAUUAUUAUUAAGUCAUUUAUCUUGUGAAAAUUGAUUUCAGAUAUAGCACUGUUAAAACUGACAGACACAUUUAAAAGCAUAACGGCUCAUCCACAGCCUCAGUGAUGGAUGUUGAAGGAGAUGCUGGGAUUACAUUUCACUGAAAUUGUACCUCGUACAGUACGAUUUCACACGACAAAUAAAAAUGAAAGGAUUGUUUGAUUGAU